UUUGCAGCUACAGCUGAUGUUUAUAGGAAUGAGGGUAAUGAGGCCUUCAAGAAAGGAGAUUUCAUCAAUGCUCUUCAUUUUUACACUGAAGGAAUUAAAACAAACUGCAAUGAGAAAGAACUGAAGGCCAAACUGUACAACAACAGGGCUAUUGCACAUUUUAAACUUGGUAAGAUGAUGAGAGUUUUAAUAUGCAUUUUUUUCCCUUUUGAAGCUAAGGGUUGUCAGUAGUAGUUUUCUGAAAAAGGUUAUAAUCUUGAAUGUAGACCUUAUCUUGGCCUCUUAAUUGUACAAAGAAGGAACCUAGCUUUUACCCCAGAUAUCAAUGAGCAUUACAAGUUUUUCCUAAACUUAAUGUAAAAGUGGUGGGUUUGCUAUAAUGUACAGCUAAUCAGAGAUAUUUAAUUUUUAUUAAUUACAGGAAAUCACCAGGAUUCACUCAUUGAUGCAGAAGCAGCCAUUGAGUUAAAUCCAACAUUCCUUGAGGCAAUUGUGAGAGGUUAGAUCUUUAUGUUAGCUGUGUUAUAAUAAUGAUAAAAAAGGAACCCAUCACUCUAAUUAGGAUCGAUAAGUUAAAUCUUGUCUCAAUUGACUUUGACUGCUGUCUGUGAUUCUCCAUUAUGAUGAGAUUAUUAUUUUGAGUUGGAUGAAGAACUCAAUGCUGAAUACACAGCAACAUUUCAGCAUGAAUAUUUUUGUUUCCUUAAGCUCACUGAGUUAGGUAGUAGUGUCAGAUAUGUUCAGUCACUAUCUAGCUGUUUUGGAAAGAAGUAAGGACUUAAAUUAACUCAAAACUGUUAAGAAAAUUUCCUCAUUCAUCAACUACAACUUAAUUUGAAAUGCCAUAAUACAUGUAAUAAUGAUGUAACUACAGACAGCAUGAAGAAAUCUUAUUCUAUGUGAACUUUAAACUUUAGUUUGAGCCUCUUCCUAGCAAGCAAUUAUUAACUGAUUGAGUAAAACAAAUAUGUUAACUAAAACCAAGGGGACACUGGUAUUAAUAUUAAAUAAAAUAUUUAAAUUUGUACUUUUAUUGAAGUUGAAAUUUAACUUAGUUUUAAAAAGGUUAAUUGAAAAAUGUACCAUUACAAAAAUUUGAAAAGGUGGGUUUUAUUUUUCGGUUUUUGCAUUGCAUGUCUUAUAUUCUAUCUAUAUCUCCUAGUAAUUUUGUGGGAAUUAUCAGUCCCAAUUUAAAUGUUCUUAGAAGUUUCAGUUGUCAAAAGUCAAUCUAACUGAAAGCUACCAGGGCCUGUUUAUUCUUUUCCUUUUGUUUAGUUUUCUUUUUGUUUUUGUUGUUUUUUGGUUUUUUUGGUCUGUAAAUAUUUAGCUUUCAAUGUUUUCUGGUUCUUUUCUUGGAAUUGAGCUACAGUAAUUAAUAUACGGUUCUUUGUAUUGUUACCUACAGGAGCCACUGCCUGUGUUGAACUGAAGAAAUUUGAAGAAGCAAUCACUUGGUGUGAUAAGGGGUUAGCUGUAUCCUUUGAAGGAAUCUUUCAUUUUUAACCGUGGGCAUAAUGGCAAUAUUACUUAAUUUGACAUUUUAAGGGAGAAAAUACAAAGAAGGAUAUUAAUUAUGAUGGGAACUUGUCAGCUCAUACUUUAAGUGUUUGUGAUUAAAAAACGUGGGAAAAUUUAUUAAACCUCAUGAUUUAUUAGUGAUAUUACUCCUUUCAGCCAAUUUGACUUAGUCAUAUUAUCCAUGCCAUAACACUAGUUUAGUUAAAAGACCAAUAUUCACCCAGUUUGUAAAUGGUCCGUGAGUAGAUAAUCUCUCUGAAACGAGGCUAAAAAAGAAAUUUGGUAAUUUUUAUAUAUAUUAUGCUGAUUUUCCUCAAUCCCUUUAUAUUUUUUCCCACUACUCAGAGACUCGAAAACUUUUGUCAAGUUUUCUUGUGGACAAAUGCAACUUCUAAAAGGCACGUAUUAAUAUUGUAGAGACAUUUCUUCCACUGCUGUAAAAUAUUCAUCUGAUGUUAAAGCUAUAUUAAUUUCAAAAUUGAGAAAGUGCUUCCAAGAUUUUGGAAACAAGGGAUUACAUCUAGAUAUUUCAUGUUAAAAUUUGAGGUUCCACACAGAAUAGAACUUUUUGGGAUAUGUAGAUUUACUUCAUAACUGACUUUAAGACUGAAUGUUGAUUAAACAUCUACCUUUCAUACAAGUCCUCCUAAUAGGCCAAUUUACAGUUGUGUACUUAGCUAGUUGCCAAGCCUUUGAUUUGGAGUGAGGCUGAAGCAACAAUGUUGUGAUAGAGACCAGUCUCCAGUGAUCAUUACAACAGUGUAAUUUGCAUUUGAAAAGCAGCUGUAAUAUUUGCGUUAUAACAAGGUCACCUUAGCCACACUCCUGUUCAAAGGCUUGGCAAUCAAGCACACAACUGUAAAAAUGGACUAUUAUAUACCGUCCAAAUGAAUGUGAUUAGAAAACUCAUCUUUUUUGUUUUUGCACAUUUUUAAACCUUAACAUAAAAAAGAUUGACAAAAACAAUAGGAUCUUGUUGUCAUUAAGACUUCAGUCUGUCAGAGAAGUGGGAGAUAAGUCCAUGGAGGAAAAAGAUCCUAUUAGUCAUGACCACGGUAGUGCAAGUUCAGGUGAUGUCAAGAAAGUCAUAGACUUCUAUAAUCAGGGAGACAAGCAUGGGAAGGGUAACAAUUAUGGCAAUCUUGGCGAUUUGUAUCUGAGACAGGGUGAUCUCAAAAAAGCAAUAGAGUGCUACAACCAAGAUCUUAAAAUAGCUAAAGAAGGAGGAGACAAGCAUGAGGAGGGUAGUGCUUUUGGCAAUCUUGGCAUUGCUUAUGACAGUCUGGGUGAUUACAAAAAAGCCAUUGAGUGCCACAACCUACAUCUUAAAAUAGCGAAAGAUAUAGGAGACAAGCGUGGGGAGGGUGUUGCUUUAAGCAAUCUUGGAAUUGCUUAUCACGAAACCGGUGAUCUUAAAAAAUCCGUAGAGUGCCACAACCUACAUCUUAAAAUAGCUAAAGAACUAGGAAACAAGCAUGGAGAGGGUGCCGCUUUUGGCAAUCUUGGCAAUGCUUAUAAAGGUCUGGGAGAUUUAAAAAAAGCCAUAAAGUACCACAACCUACAUCUUAAAAAAGCUAAAGAAGUAGGAGAUAAGCAUGGGGAGGGUAAAGCUUAUGGCAAUCUUGGCAAUGCUUAUCAAGGUCAGGGAGAUUUUAAAAAAGCCAUAGAGUACCACAACUUAGAUCUUAAAAUAGCUAAAGAAGUAGGAGACAAACAUGGGGAAGGUUGCGCUUAUGGCAAUCUUGGCAAUGCUUAUGACGGUGUGGGAGAUUUUAAAAAAGCCAUAGAGUACCACAACCGACAUCUUAAAAUAGCUAAAGAAGUAGGAGACAAGCAUGGGGAGGGUAAGGCUUAUGGCAAUCUUGGCAAUGCUUAUCAAAGUCUGGGUGAUUUCAGUAGAGCCAUAGAGUACCACAGCCUAUGUCUUAAAAUAGGUAAAGAAGUAGGAGACAAGCAUGGGGAGGGUGGUGCUUAUGGCAAUCUUGGCAAUGCUUAUCACAGACUGGGUGAUUUCGAAAAAGCCAUAGAGUACUACAACCAACUUCUUAAAAUAGCCAAAGAGGUAGGAGACAAGCAUGGGGAGGGUCACGCUUAUGGUAAUCUUGGCAAUGCUUAUCGAAGUCAGGGUGAAUUAAAAAAAGCCAUAGAGUACCACAACCUACAUCUUAAAAUAGCUCAACAAGUAGGAGACAAGCAUGCGGAGGGUAAUACUUAUGGCAAUCUUGGCAAUGUUUAUCACUGUUUGGGUGAAUUCAAAAAAGCCAUAGAGUACCACAAUUUAAAUCUUAACAUGGUUAAAGAAAUAGGAGACAAGCGUGGGGAGGGUAAAAGUUAUUGCAAUCUUGGCAAUGCUUAUCGAUGUCUGGGAGAUUUGGAAAAGGCCAACGAGUUAUACUGCCUAUUGCUCAAAAUUGCCGAAGAGGUCGGAGACCAAUCCUUAGAGGCCCUCGCCUACUAUUCUUUAGGUUGUGUUUUUGAGGCGCAGGGUGGACUGCCAAAAGCCGUUAAACAUUUCCGAGCGAGCGUAAACUUAUACAAUUCAUUGAGAGAACUUCUUAAGUCUAAAGAUGAGUGGAAAGUUAAUUUUCGAAAUCAGCAUCAAAAUGCGUAUUCGGGUUUGUGUAGCGUUCUCGUAAAACAAGGUAAUAUAGAUGAAGCCUUAUUUGCUGCUGAGAAAGGACGAGCUCAAGCUCUGACCGACCUCAUGGAAUCCAGUUUUUGGGGUAGAACAGGGCAGCACAAGGGAAGCGAUGAAGAUUUAGCAGAUUUAAAAAACGUUCCAUCAGACAUUAUCUUUCAGGUAGUGGACGAAGCUGACGUCAAUCUUUGGUUUGUUACCGAAGGAAAAAAACAAGUUCAGUUAAGACAAAGUAAACUCACUGAUUCUGUUUCAGAGAAUAGUGGAGCUAGGGAAUCCUUUGAGUCGUUCAUACACGAUGUCUAUACACAAAUUCGUGUUCCUUUUAAUGUGAGAUGUGAGAAUCGAUCUUUGGAUGCUUUGAGGGAGAGCCGUUCAAAAGUGGAUGUGAAAACUAAAGAAGACAACCCUCACCCGCCCAUCCAACAAGACGAACGCGGCUUAAGCACUUUGUAUGAUACCCUCAUGAAGCCGGUGGCUGACCUGGUUAAAGGGGAUGAGCUACUCAUUAUUCCCGAUGGAUCCUUGUGGCUCGCUCCUUACGCUGCAUUGAAGGAUGGUAAUUCUAAAUACCUGUGUGAAUCGUUCAGAAUCCGACUCGCUCCAUCGUUAACAAGUCUUAGACUCAUUUCCAAUUGCCCAGAUGAUUAUCACAAAAGCAGUGGAGCCUUACUUGUAGGAGAUCCGUGUUUAGCCGAGGUUACUAACAGCGAGGGAGAGGAACUCUUCAAGCGGCUUCCGUGUGCUAAAGAAGAAGUAGAAAUGAUCGGAAAUAUUCUGAAUAUCACGCCAAUCACUGGCAGACAGGCUACGAAACGUGAGGUAUUGAAAAGAAUCAGUUCCGUUUCUUUAGUUCACUUUGCGGCACACGGAUAUAUGGAAACUGGCGAAAUUGCUCUUACACCUGACCCAGACCGAAUAUCUACUGUGCCAACAGAGGAGGAUUACAUUUUAACAAUUGGAGAUGUGUUGAAUGUUCAACUUCGCGCCAAACUUGUUGUACUUAGUUGCUGUCACAGUGGUCGGGGCGAGAUCAAGGCUGAAGGUGUGGUUGGGAUUGCGCGCGCUUUUAUGGGGGCUGGUGCUCGGUCUGUUGUGGUGUCUCUGUGGGCGAUUAAUGACGAGGCUACUCUCGAGUUCAUGAAAUGCUUUUAUCAACACCUUGCAGAAGGUAAACCUGCAAGCGAGUCACUGAACCUGACCAUGAAAAGCCUCAGAGAAUCAAAGAAGUUCCACGACAUCAAAUACUGGGCGCCCUUUGUGCUGAUUGGAGAUGACAUCACUCUUGACUUCAUAGAUAUA